AUUCCCAAUAAGCCAUGGUGAGUAGUAGUGCUUCUUCCGGCCCGCUAGCACUCGUCCUCCUCUUGUCCAUUAGUUCCUCCAUUGCCCAUGGCGCCGGAGCUGGAGCUGGAGGAGAUGAGGAGCGCCGCCAGCGCUUCACGGUCGUGCAGACCAGCCACCUGCAGCCUCAAUCCAUCUGCUCUGGCCUCAAGGUGAUUCCAUCCGGGAACCGCACGUGGGUGCCGCUGCACCGUCCCUACAGCCCCUGCUCGCCAUCGUCCUCGCCGUCGCCGCCGCCGUCCCUGCUGGAGAUCCUCCAGUGGGACCAGUUCCGCACGGCGUCCGUCCGACGGAGGGCCAUGUCGGACGACGACGACGUGGUGGAGUACCCAGACACGCCGCACGUGGAGGUGCAGCAGAUCGACUUCGGGCUCCAAGCGCCCUUCGGCUACGGCUCCGUCGCCGCCGCUGGCGGCUCGCGGCGGCUGAUGGCGGACGGCGACCCCACGUCCCAGACGAUGGCCAUCGACACCACCAUCGACGUCCCCUGGAUCCAAUGCCGCCCCUGCCCGAUCCCCCAGUGCUACCCUCAGCGCGACGCCCUCUUCGACCCCACCAGGUCCUCCACAGCCGCCCCCGUCCCCUGCGGCUCCCGUGCCUGCCGCGCGCUCGGCAACUACGGCAACGGCUGCUCCCGGAGAAGCCUCCGGAGGAGCUCCAACAACUCCAGCAGAAGCGACUGCAACUACCGCGUGGCGUACAGCGACGGGAGGGCGACAUCCGGGACGUACAUGACGGACACGCUGACCAUCAGCCCAGGCAUCACCUUCCCCAACUUCCGCUUCGGCUGCAGCCACAGCGUCCGCGGCAGGUUCAGCGGCCAGACAUCCGGUACCAUGUCCCUCGGCGGCGGCCGCCAGUCGCUGCGCUCCCAGACGGCCAGCGCCUACGGGGACGCCUUCUCCUACUGCGUCCCUCAGCCCAGCGCCUCCGGCUUCCUCUCCCUCGGCGGCGCCAUCGGCUCCUCCGGCUCCGGCUCCGGCUUCGCCAGCACGCCGCUCGUGGCGACCGCCAACCCGACCUUCUACGUGGUGCGGCUGCAGGGCAUCGACGUGGCGGGGCGGCGCCUCAACGUGCCGCCGGCGGUGUUCUCGGCGGGCACGCUCAUGGACUCCAGCGCCGUCGUCACGCAGCUGCCCCCCACGGCGUACCGCGCGCUCCGGCGCGCCUUCAGGAACGCCAUGAGGCGCUACAGGAGGGUUCCCGCGGGGGGGAAGCAGAUCCUCGACACCUGCUACGACUUCGAGGGGCUCGGCAACGUCACCGUGCCGGCGGUCUCCCUCGUCUUCUCCGGCGGCGCCGUCGUCCGGCUCGAGCCCAUGGCCGUCAUGAUGGAAGGCUGCCUCGCCUUCGUGCCCACGCCGGCCGACUCCGAUCUGGGCUUCAUCGGCAACGUGCAGCAGCAGACGCACGAGGUGCUCUACGACGUCGGCGCCAGGAACGUCGGCUUCCGCCGUGGCGCCUGCUAGUUAAAUAUGGAGCGAAUGUUCGGUCUUAAUUUAGUCUCCUGCUUACUUAAUUAGUUAGAGCGCGCUUAGUUUGUCAUCUAGCUCAUGCAUCUUUAGCAAUGUUUUUUCUUUCUUUACGAAAAGGAGGGUGUUCCCCCAGCCUAUCUUAAUUAAGCAAUGUAUGCUUGCGUGCUCUUCCAUUAUCUAUAUAUGUAGGUUGUUGCACUAGUUGUUUGCACUCA